GGGUAUCACUACCGGAUCACAUGUGUUUCUGCCACGACACUGUUAUGGGUUGCGUGGGAUCCACCCCACUGAUGAAAGUGAAUCAUGUAAAGCUGUGUGCUUGGCAAUCACGACGAUUCCCGUCGUGACAUCGCUGUGGUUGGUUUUGCUACAUACUGCCGCAAGCGCGGCCAGUCAAGGAUAUAACAUCUGGAGAGGAACACGAAUUACCGGCCCACGUUGAAGUACGAACACCACUACGGAACGUCGGCAAGAACACAGACCACAGCAGCCGCGAUGGGCAACACCUACUGCACUAAGUGCCUGCAAGGCAAAGACCAAGUGCAAGACGACGAACUACCCGAUCAGCCGCCAAGCAGCCCGAGUGCAAAAAUUGCAGUUGCGUUGUACCCGUACAACGCAAGGGACGUGAAUGACCUGAGCUUCCAGAAAGGAGACCGGCUGCAAGUGAAUAAUGACACAGACCCAGACUGGUGGUUCGCGAAGCACCUGACGACUCAAGAAACGGGCCAUGUUCCAAGCAACUACGUGGCUUAUGAAAAGACUAUACAAAGCCAAGAGUGGUUCUUCGGCACCGUCACUCGCAAGGAGGCUGAGAGAUUGUUGCUGUUGCCGGGGAAUGCAAGCGGCACUUACCUUAUUCGCAAUAGCGAAAACAGUGCAGGAAUAUUCUCACUGUCUGUCAGGGACCACAACGAAACGAAGGGGGACCACGUGAAGCACUAUAGAAUCAGAGCCACCGAAGACGUCACCUUCUAUAUCACCUCCAAGAUGACUUUCCCAACCCUUGAUGAUUUAGUCGCUUAUUAUACGAAAGGUGCUAACGGCUUAUGCCAAAGACUAUCCACACCAUGUCCCAAGACGGAGCCAGCUCUGCCAGACCUUUCAAAGGAGACGCGUGAUGAGUGGGAAAUCUCACGAAGCUCUGUGGAACUCGUGCGGAAACUGGGAAGUGGCAACUUUGGCGACGUUCAUUACGGACUUUGGAAGGGGACAACUGAAGUGGCUAUCAAGACAUUAAAGCCGGGAACGAUGCACCCAGACGCUUUCCUCCAAGAAGCAUCCAUCAUGAAGAAGUUUCGCCACGAGAAAUUGGUGAACCUCUAUGCUGUGUGUUCAAAAGAAGAACCCAUAUACAUCGUAACAGAGUACAUGUGCAAUGGUUCCCUGCUGCAAUAUUUGCGCAGCAAAGAGGGCAAGACACUCAAACUCCCUGUUCUGGUCGACAUGGCUGCCCAGGUAGCCAGUGGCAUGGCCUACUUGGAGAGUGAGCAGUUGAUACACAGGGAUCUGGCAGCUCGCAACAUCCUCGUGGGGCUCAAUAAUUUAGUGAAAGUUGCUGACUUUGGUCUUGCCCGCAUUAUAGAGGACUCGGAGUACACAGCAAGGCAAGGAAGCAAGUUCCCUAUCAAAUGGACUGCUCCAGAGGCUGUGCUGUAUGGAACGUUUUCAAUCAAGUCUGAUGUGUGGUCGUACGGCGUCCUGCUCUACGAGCUUAUCACGCAUGGCCAAGUACCUUACCCAGGGAUGUCCAAUCGCCAGGUUGUGGAGCAAGUUGAAAAUGGAUUUCGCAUGCCGAAACCUAAUUGCGAAUGCCCGGAUUCGGUGUACAAUACCAUGCUUACAUGCUGGGAGGGUGAACCAGAAAACCGGCCGACGUUCGAGUUUCUCUUCGGAUAUUUCGACGACUUCUUUGUGGCAGCUGAGUCAUCCUACAAAGAGGCCGAUGAUGUCUAGACGUCCUGGAGUUUAUCGCUUUGCAUACGUCUCCCACAGGAACAUCGAUGUCAUCCUUCAUCUUCGUCCCUUUCGAUGACGCUUUUCUCUCCUGAUUGUUGGGAGAACUGGGGUGUGUGAAGAACUGGACAACCUGAAUGCUGGAAGAACUAUGGUGAUGCUAAUGUUGCGCGGUUGCGAAAUCGCCGCUCUGAGCAAUAGCUGUCGACCACGUUCCUAAUAGUUAGAAAACCGUAUGACAAUUUUAUAGUUCAAAGCUAUCGAACAACACUGAGGAAAUAAAGGUUAUUGCUGUAUAAUGCCGUCACGGAAAAUGGUGCCCUCCGCUAAAGCCCUACGCUUCAUUGCAACAUUGAAAGCUUGUCUGCUAUAGAGUCCAAAGAUCUUCGGCAUCCAAAGCAGGUCGUUUCUAAAUUCAAUGCUGUAGAGGAAUUGGCGUACAUUAUACUGUACCGUGCAUUAGACUCUUUUUUGUAUGUACUGUAUUUCAGAAAUAACAAAAUCACGGUAAAAGAUAUGAAUGAUUCACGCCUGGCUGUCGUGUGUGAAAAGAGAGAGAGAAAAAAAAAAGCUCUUUUUUCGA